AUGGAAACCUUGAGUAAACCCAAUACAACUAAUGAUCACCUAGAUAUAGAUAGUAUACUAGCUGAGAUUUUCACAGAAGGGACUGAAAAGGACCAAUCAAAUAACAAAUCUACCGCAAAUAACAAUGAGGAUGCCACAUUAUAUCAACUAUUGGAUGAACUUUCCGGAACUCGUAAACUUAUGAGUUGUUUAUUUGGACCAGCUCAGGAGAUCAACCUUUCUACUAAGGAUAAUAAAUUCACUUUAAGGACGAUUAAAUUUGGAGAGGAAUGGUAUGGACAGGAACAUACUACAGUCGAUAGUUCCAGUGCGUCGAGGGCUCUUAGAAGUGAUACACCCGUGUAUUUCUCAUGGUCACAUGAUAGUAAACGCAAAUCUAGACCUUCAUCACCAAUGAAGAUGCCACAACAGCAACCACCUUUGUCGAACUCUUCAAGUGUUAUAACUGAAAUUCAAACCAAGAAAAUUCUGAACAAUCAACGACUAUUGAGUGCUGCAACUGAGCAAAUGAAAUAUUUUAAAAAAUCUCCUUCUUCUUGGGAAGAUAUACUGAAUGAUGAAAAAAAAGCUGAACAAACGAAUUCAAAUGAAGACAUUGUUACGACCAAUUUACAUCCUGAAUAUAAAGAAAAUAUUUCAAUAGGUAAGUCAACGUUUAAAGUUAAUCCCCUAGCGAAAUUUGUUGCUCAAGAAUUACCUAAAUCUAAGAAACACGAAGAUAAGAGUCCCUCCAAAAGUCAUCAUUCAAAAAGUAAACUAUGGUUUUGGGGAAGUAAGAAAUCAAAGAAGAAGAAUAAAGAGAAAAAGAUUAGUGACAGGAACUCAGAGGACUCCUAUAGUAAAUCUAAGAAUAAUGAACACCCUGUAAUCGAUGCAUCUUCAAGUAACAAGGAAGGAAUAUCGAAUUCGAAUAUUGAAGAACGUCACUCUACUAGUAAUGUUCUUAAUGAACUGUUCGAAGACGACCCCAUCAGCCAAUCAGACAGUGACUCUGCUAUUGGUUACCUUCAGAGUCAAACUACUAGUACUCUCGAACUUCAAUUAACAAACACCAAUACGAACAAUAUCGACACCUUUCCUUCGGAGACAACCAGAGCUGAUGCUAUCGAUUUGGUAAGUAGUUUUGAAGCCCAGCGUAAUCAGAAUUCAAUUAAUGACACUGUACAGACAGAGGAAAACAAUAACAAGAGUGUAGAAAUUAACACCGAAAGUAAUUCAGAAGAUGAUUCAGAAGAUGAUUUUGGAAAUUUCGAGCAAGCUGAACCUCAAAUUUUAGAUUUACCGCCACCUCCACCACCAUCGAAAAUGGUAACCGCAGUAACAGUAGAACAUGACAACACAAAAUCAACAAAUAUUACAGAAGAGUUUACUGAGGUUAAACCUAGUAACAAUGACAAUGCAAAUAGUAACAGCAGCAUUAAUCUGAUGAUGAAUUCUUUUGUGCCAUUGCAGCCAUCUAAGAAAUGA